UGGUGCGCAUUGAGAGGGUGAGAGGCGCGAUGGCCUGCAGCGGGACUCAGCCGCACUUCACUGAUCCCCGACUCCUUACCCGACUUUUCACUAAACACUAGCUGGUUCCGCUCACAUCUGGUCUCGAGUCCACGCCUGAGAAAGUGUGUGCAAGAAUGAACUGACCGACUAAUUUCAAAAUAGUUUGCUGCUUGAACAGAACCGCAUUUUAUGCAGAGAUGUGAAAUGCUAUGUGAAUUAGUGUGGAAUGAUUAUGUUAGAAAUCGUGAAGCAUGGGUGACUGGAGCUUUCUUGGGCGAUUGUUGGAAAAUGCACAAGAACACUCGACGGUGAUCGGCAAAGUCUGGCUGACUGUCCUCUUCAUCUUUAGGAUCCUGGUGCUGGGAACAGCAGCAGAGGAAGUCUGGGGUGAUGAACAGUCGGACUUUACCUGCAACACACAGCAGCCUGGUUGUGAAAACGUUUGCUAUGACGAGGCUUUUCCCAUUUCACAUAUCCGUUACUGGGUGCUGCAGAUCAUCUUUGUGUCCACACCAACACUCAUUUACCUGGGUCACAUACUGCACAUCAUCCGUAUGGAAGAUAAGCACAAAGAGAAGGAGGAGGAGCUACAAAAGGCACAGAGACACCAGGAGGAGAAAGAACUCCAGUACAGAAAUGGGGAGAGUGUCAGAGGAGGUGGGAAAAAGGAGAAACCAUCAAUCAGAGAUGAACAUGGCAAAAUUCGCAUCAGGGGUGCCUUGUUGCGCACAUACGUGUUCAACAUCAUUUUCAAGACACUCUUUGAGGUGGGUUUCAUUUUAGGCCAGUAUUUUCUCUAUGGUUUCCAGCUCAGGCCACUGUAUAAGUGUGCACGGUGGCCCUGCCCCAACACUGUUGACUGCUUCCUGUCCAGACCCACAGAGAAGACCAUCUUCAUCAUUUUCAUGCUUGUGGUGGCUUGCGUGUCUCUUGUGCUGAAUUUACUAGAGAUUUAUCACCUAGGAUGGAAAAAAAUCAAACAGGGUGUGACCAGUGGAUCCAUCCCUGAGCAUAAGUCACUAGCCCUUAGUGACACAGCGGACACUGGAGCAAUUCCUGCAACCUCCAGGACUGACCCUGCAACCCUUAGCUAUCCUCCCAAAUACACCAAGUUAGCAACAGGUAGCGCAACAUUUCUGCAGCCAGGGUCAGUUCCUGUAACAACAAAUUUCAAGAUUGAUCCUCUAAACGAGGAGCCAAACUCUUUCUACAUCAGCAGCAACAAUCACAGGCUGGCUGCUGAGCAGAACUGGGCCAAUCUGGCCACUGAACAGCAAACUAUGGAAAAGAAGGCCAUUACUCCAUCUACUUCCUCCUCCUCCUCUGCCUCUUCCUGUGAUAACGAGCAGCGCCCCAGAGACGCUGUUCCCACUACCAGCAUUCCCAGCUCAAGUGGUUGCAUUUUGAGUAGUGGGAAGUGCGAGCCAGAGGAGAGUCACGCCACCACUACGGUGGAGAUGCAUGAGCCACCUAGCUUGUUUACUGACCUCCGGUGCAUGAGCAGAGCAAGCAAAUCAAGCAGUGUAAGGGCAAGGCACAAUGAUCUGGCUGUCUAGUAACUUUCAUAGCACAACUUCAAUUUUAAUAUAUACACGCUAGGCAAUGCAAAAACUUAAUGUGAAAAUAUAAAUGAGAGUCAGGAUGCUGCAUGUUAUCUUGGGGGAUUACAAAAACAUAAAACAUUGACAAUGAUGUUGAUACAUAGCACUUGAACUGUGUCCAAAGUUACGUGACAGUUCAGUGAUAUGAUAAAA